AUGGCUGACAUCUCUGACUACGAGGACCUGAAGACUGACUGUGGUGAAGAGGAACAGCCAAGACAUAAAGUGAGAGCUGAGACGAUGGCCGAAGCCCUGCUGUUUGUAUCACAGGAUGACUACACCUGCUCAAUCUGUCUGGAGACCCUGACUGACCCCAUUGCCAUCCCCUGCGGUGACAGUUUUUGUAUGCAGUGCCUCACUGACUACUGGGAUCUAAGACAAGAGUGCAGAUGUCCUCAGUGCAGAAGGAUCUUCACUACAAGGCUUGAGCUGCACAUAAACGCAGUGGUGAAUGAAGUGGUGAAGAAAAUAAAGAAGCAGACACUCAGUCCUCUUCUGUCUCCGAAUAAUGCCGACCCUGGAGACUUGGAGUGUGACAUCUGUACUGGGGAGACGUCCAGAGCAGUGAAGUCCUGUCUGACCUGCAUGGUCUCCUACUGUCAGUUGCACCUGCAGUCCCACUUUAAAAUAGCGACCUUGAAGGACCACAAGCUGACCGAUCCAGUUAGAAAUCUGACGGAGGUGAUCUGUGAUAAACAUCAGAAGAGUCUGGAGAUAUUUUGUAAAACUGAUAAGACGUACAUCUGUGUGAUGUGUGUGGUGUAUGAACACAAUGGGCAUGUGAUGGCGGAGCUGGAGAGGGAGAGAAAGGAACAAGAGAAAGUGCUGGAGGCGACACAGAGAGAAAUCAGGAGGAGAGUCCAGAAGAGCAAGAAGAAACAGAAGAAGAUAAGGAGGGCGGUGAAGCAGAUGAAUAUCUCUCUGGAAAAUGAAGUGGAGGAACAUAAGAAAAGCUUUACUGAUCUGAUUUGCGGUCUUAAAGAAACCCAAGAGAAACUGAUUGAGAAGUUCAGAGCACAAAAAAAGAUGGAAAUGGAGAAGGCUGAAGAAGUCACGGAGAGACUCGAGAGGGACAUCAAGGAGCUGGAGUGUAAAGGUGCUGAGCUGAGGAAGCUUUCGGAGACCAAAGACCACAUCCGCUUCCUGCAGACCUUCUCAUGUCGCUGUUUCCUUCCUGCUGAAGGAGACUCACUCCACUUCAAUGUCACAGUGAAAUUCUCAUCUGAGCACCUGAGAAAGGAGCUGUCAUGUAUAAAGAAGAGUCUGGAGAAGAUCAGCCAGUGGGACAUCACGACAUUGACGUCAGGUCGUGUAACUCCAAUUUUCACCUUCCAGACUUCUGAGCCUCGGAGAAGAGAGGAGUUUUUAAAAUACUUCUGUCCACUCAAACUGGACAUCAACACAGCAAGCAGAAACCUCCAUCUCUCUGAGGGGAGCAAGAAGGUGACAUGUAAGGAGACAGAAACCGAAUAUCCUUAUCACCCUGAAAGAUUUAACUCUUGUCCUCAAGUUCUGUGCAGAGAGGCAUUGAUUGGGACUCGCUAUUACUGGGAAGUGAAGUGCACUGGCAACUACAAGAGGAUUGGAGUCACAUAUAAAGAAGAGGGUGACGAGUGUGGGCUUGGAGACAAUGAAAAAUCCUGGUGUUUGCUGUGUGAUAAUUCCUAUGUCUCUGUGAAACACAAUGACGAGGGGACUAGCGUCGACGUCCCCUGCAACCCCAGAAUAGCAUUCAGAAUCAUGGGUGACAAGUACCGAGUAUCGGAGAAACUCGCUGACGACAGCUGUACCAUCGAAGAAUCAUUGCCUGCCAGUAAGGCAGAUGGAGACAAAGGUUAG